GGGGCCAAGGAACCACCAGUGGCAAGCGUGGGACAGUACCUGCGGGCAGAGAUCGCUCGGAGGGUCCCUGUUUUGGGAGGGGGCGAGGAGGAUGCCCAGCAGCUCCAGCUGGCCAUUCUGGCUGCCUGCCUCAAGCUGGAGUGUUGCAUCAGCGGGACCCACAGCAUGGACCUGGUGGCCCUGGAGCCCUUUGGGGAGUACGUCUCCCUGCCUGGCCUGGACUGCACCUUCCCAGGCGGCUACAGCAGCUUGCCCAAUCACAUGCUGUCGUCUCUGCCGGAGGGCAUCGUCCUGCUCAACAAGGCGGUGAGGACCAUCCGGUGGAAAGGGUCCUUCCGUGAGAAAGGGGAAGAGGCCAGGGAUUUUCCCGUCCGGGUGGAGUGCGAGGAUGGAGACGCCUUCCUUGCCGACCACGUCAUCGUCACCGUCCCACUGGGUUUCCUCAAGGAACACCACCAGGAUUUCUUCCAGCCUCCCCUGCCGGAGCGGAAAGCGGAGGCCAUUCGCCGCCUGGGUUUCGGCACCAACAACAAGAUCUUCCUGGAGUUCGAGCAACCUUUUUGGGAACCCCAGCAGCAGCUCCUCGAAGCAGUGUGGGAGGACGAGUCACCCCUCGAGGAACCCAGAGCCGACCUGGAGGCCAACUGGUUCAAGAAGCUCAUCGGAUUUGUGGUCCUCCAACCGCCAGAGCAGCACGGGCACGUCCUCUGUGGCUUCAUCGCAGGGAAGGAGUCGGAGUACAUGGAAACGCUGAGCGACGCGGAGGUUCUUGGCACCAUGACGCGCGUCCUCCGCACGCUGACAGGGAACCUACACCUGCCCGCUCCCAGGAGCAUGCUCAGGUCCCGGUGGCACAGCGCUCCGUACACCCGCGGCUCCUACAGCUAUGUGGCUGUUGGCAGCUCGGGUGACGACAUCGAUGUGCUGGCUCAGCCCCUGCCCGAGGACCCCAAGGACCCCAGG